AUGAUGGAAAGGAUAAGAAAAGAGAUGAUUCUCAUGGAAAGAGGUCUGCACAGCCCAACCACAGGCAAAAGGCUUUCUAAUUUAUCCGACUCAGCUGGGAAUGCAGUGUUGGAGGCCUUGGAAAAUGCACAUCACACUGCCCGCAUGAGUCCCAGGCUAACUUCUUCCUCCAUGCAUGGAUCUAUAGGGGACGUACCCAGCAAAGGCAAAUUUGAAAUAGACACUUUGUUCGGCAUCUCUCACUCCAACGUUGAAACUAACAACACUUCGGACGUCUCCGGGUCUGACAGGGUGAAGAAGAUAAGCCAGUAUUCAGAAGUUGCUUCAGAAGCAGAUAUGAACAGUGAUGUGGAAGUGGGGUGCUCAGCCCUGCGGUCCCCCAGCAGCAUGAGUGGCACCCAUCUGAAAGACACCCUCAGCAAAGGGUUUACAGAGAGUGGUUCAGUGGCCAGUACCACCAGCUCCUCUGCAGGUUCUGGAUUAAACAGCCUCAAUAGCUGUAAUCCCGUGGGGAGCUCCAGCUCAGCUGCUGACCAGGUGCGUCGAUACAGGACAGCAUUCACUCGGGAGCAGAUAGGCAGGCUGGAAAAGGAGUUCUACCGAGAGAAUUAUGUGUCACGGCCCCGGAGAUGCGAGCUGGCAGCUGCCCUCAACCUCCCCGAGACAACCAUCAAGGUGUGGUUCCAGAACCGGCGGAUGAAGGAUAAGAGGCAGCGUUUGGCCAUGUCCUGGCCUCACCCGGCAGACCCCAGCUUCUACACCUACAUGAUGACACACGCCGCGGCCACAGGAAGCCUUCCUUACCCCUUCCAUUCCCAUGUGCCUCUGCAUUACUACCCUCACAUGGGAGUGACAGCAGCAGCGGCGGCGGCUGCAGCGUCCGGGGCAGCAGCUUCGCCUUUUGCAACCUCCAUCCGGCCCCUGGACACUUUCCGCGCCCUAUCACACCCCUACUCAAGACCGGAACUACUUUGCAGCUUCAGACACCCAGGUCUGUAUCAAUCCCCAGGCGGGAUCAAUAGCACCGCUGCUGCCGCGGCAGCUGCGGCUGCAGCAGCGGCAGCCUCUGCCCCGGGCUCCACUCCCUGCUCGUGUCUCAGUUGUCAUAGCAACCAGACGGCGUCAGCUCUGGGAUCGGCCAGCAGGGGCUCCGAUUUCUCUUGCACGGCUGCCUCACAGAGGUCGGAGAGUAGCUUCCUUCCCUAUUCUGCAGCAGUACUUAGUAAAACCUCUGUCUCCCCUCCGGACCAAAGAGAAGAAACCCCUCUGACUAGAUAA